CCUUAAGCUUCUCCCGAUUCCUCUCCAGAAAUCAAAUCCCCACCUUUUCCUCCGCCAUCUUCAAUAUCAAAUAUUAAAAUGUUUGUGCAGGACGAUGGAUCGUCAUCGGUGACGUCGGCGUCGCCGCAGCAAGCUCUCCCGGCGACAUCGGUAUCCCCGGGCGGCUUCGGACUGCCCUGGCUGAAAGAGCUGAAACCGGAGGAGAGGGGACUCUGCCUCAUCCACCUCCUCCUUGCGUGCGCCAACCAGGUGGCCGCCGGCGGCCUCGAGAACGCCAACCUAGUGCUCGACCAGAUUUCUCAGCUGGCCUCUCCCGACGGCGACACCAUGCAGCGCAUCGCCGCCUACUUCGCCGAAGCCCUUGCAGACCGGAUUCUCCGGUCGUGGCCCGGUCUCUACAAGGCCCUCCGCUCCACCCGAUUGCCCGCCCUUUCCGAUCAGAUGACGGCCAAAAAAACUCUUUUCGAGAUUCUCCCCUUCUUGAAGGUGGCUUUCAUGGUGACAAACCAAGCAAUAAUGGAAGCCAUGGAAGGGGAGAAGCUGGUUCACAUCAUAGACCUGAACGCGGAGGAGCCAACCCAGUGGCGGCAGCUGCUCCACGACUUGAGUGGACGCCCCGAAGGGCCACCCCACCUGCGCAUAACCGGCGUCCACCACCACCGGCAAGUGCUGGACCACAUGGCCCGCGUGCUCACCGCCGAAGCGGAGAUGCUCGACAUCCCAUUCCAAUUCACUCCCAUCCUCACCAAGCUCGAAGACUUGGACUUCCACAAACUCCGCGUCAAAACCGGGGAGGCUCUCGCCAUCACCUCCACCCUGCAACUCCACUCCCUCCUCACACACAACGACGAACUCACGACGAAUUCCCAGGCCGGGUUCCUCUCCAAGAAUCUGGGAGUGGGAGAUUCUCUCGAGAACGACUCGGCCUCGAGUAGUAGCAAGGUGAAGGGGUUUCUCAGCUCUCUGUGGGGCCUAUCCCCGAAGAUCGUAACGGUCACGGAGCAAGAGAGCAACCACAACGGCCAAACGCUGACGGAGCGGAUGUCGGAGUCGCUGUACUACUACGCAGCGUGGUUCGACUGCCUGGAGUCGACGCUGGCGAGGGCAUCGCCGGAGAGACAGAGGGUGGAGAAGGCGGUGUUAGGGGAGGAGAUAAAGAACAUAGUGGCGUGCGAGGGGGCAGAGAGGAAGGAGAGGCACGAGAGGCUGGAGAGGUGGUUUUGGAGGCUGGGUUCGGUGGGGUUCCGGAAUGUGGGGCUGAGUUACUACUCGAUGCUGCAGGCGAAGAGGUUCUUGGGGAGUUUCAGGUGCGGGGAGGAAGGGUUUAAUGUGAGGGAGGAGAAUGGGUGUUUGGUGAUAUGUUGGCAUGAUAGAGCCCUCUUCUCUGUAUCUGCUUGGAGUUGCAGGAAAUGAAUUGUCAUUCUUCCUUCAAUUCCUAGCUGAAUUGAUUAAAUUUAAUAGCCUGAGAACAUGUACUACUGUAGUUCAAGACUUGGUUCAUCGGACCAAACCAACACCGCUAAUUCACCAACCAUCACAGUGGUUUAUGUCUUUGUUUUGUAGUCAUUGUGACUUCUCGACACAUUGGUCCGUCAACCAAGUUUAUACGAAGUAUUAGUCAUUUUACUUCUCUCCCCUCCUUUUUUUAAAGCUACAUUGUAUAACUCAUAAAUAUAUCUACACUAGUAUUUUGACCCAUGCUAAGCUCGGUUCGAAUGAAAUUUUUGUCGAUUC